AUGCGCUAACAACAAUAAUUACCAAGGCUAUCAGAAGAUGAUUAAUUUCCAGGUCGCUUGCAUACACAAUCUCGAAAACUUAAAUUCGGAACAACUGAUAACUUCAAUAAGAAAUCAAAAAAGCAGAGUCCUAUGGCUGAGUCUUAAUUCAUUAAGCAAAUUGAUAACAAAUUAGAGCAAUACAACAAGGAUAUUGAGCAACGCAAUGAUAUGAUUUUUACUAUUGAAAAAGGGUUUGAAUCAGUGAGACAAGAAUUGAUUAAAGAGAAAAUAUUGAAUGAAGAAAAAACUAAACAAUUGUAGGACUUAGGACAACAAUAUCAGGCUGCUCAAUCCAAACUCAAGUCCAUCCAUGAAUCCAACAAAAAUAUUGGACAAUAAGGAUAAGAUAAGGAUAAAGACAAAAUCCAGCAAUUAGAAACCGUUUAAAAGACUAUUCAAGCAAAAGAACAUUAAUUAUAUUAAACUAUAGAUUCACUCAAUGCCUAAUUGAAUGAUAUUACUCAUAAAAUAAAAACCAAAGAAGAUUUACCAGAUGACUCUAAAAAAUUGAAAGACUAAAUAAGAAAAAGCGAAGAGAAAAAAUAUAAAUCACAAGCCAUAAUGGAUGAACUGAAAAAGAAUUUAGAAUCUAUAUCUGCUGAAAAGUUAUUAAUCAAAAAUUAAAUGGAUCAAUACAAAAAGGAGUACCUUGCAAAGGAGGAAUGUCUGUCAUCAGAAUUCAACAAUAAUUAGAAUAAGGUCAAGGAAUUGCAAAAGGAAAAGCAUCAGCUGUAAGAACAAGCAAAAAAGUCACCUCUUAAUAUUUAGGAUUAGAAUACUAAAUUAUAAGAAGGAAUAAAUUAGUUGAAAUAACAAUUGGCUGAGCAAAAUAAAUCUAAAGAUAAAGAAGUAAAUUAAUGGAAAGUAAAUCUUGAUAUGUAAAUCAAAAACAUUGAUUAAUUGACACAUCAAAUUGAAGAAUAUAAAUAAAAAAUAGAAACAACCUCUAAGAACUUAAAUGAAAAAACCAAUUCUGUUGAAUAAAAUACAAAAGCCAUUGGAGAACUAGAAAAAAAACUUAGGGAUUAGUAAACAGAAAUUAAAUUACUAAAUUAAAAGAUCGAAGAAUGCAAUAAGAAAUUAGGAGAUACUAAACCAAAGAACAUGACAUAAGUAAUUGAAACCAUAUCAAUCUUGGAGAAGACUCAUGUAUAAUAUGAUUCCUAUAUUCUAUAGAAAGAAAUUUAAAAAGGCCUUGCUUGUACUUUCUGCAAUAAAUUCAUCAAAUAACCUGUCACUAUUAUACCAUGUGGUCAUUCCUAUUGUUUUGAAUGCAAAAAGGGUUAUCAAAAAGAAUGUUUUAAAUGUGGACCUAAAUUGAAAAUUGAAGCAAUGUAUCGAAAUGAAUUAUUGGAUGAUAUAAUUGAGAUGGUUAAAUUAGUAGAGUAGAGCAUAUUGAAUAUGAAAUAAAUUACUUAAAAUUAAUGA